UGCGUGACUGUGAACAGGGAUAAAAUCCGCUUCACAGUAGACCAAUUGGGAAGUUUGCGUAGAAGGCUGCAUCCAGCAAAAAGACAUGGGAAACUCGACAGGAAGCACCGUGGACGACCUGCAGGCCGUGGAGAUGCACCUCUGGUACAAGAAGUUCAUGACGGAGUGUCCCUCCGGGCAGCUCACCCUGCACGAGUUCAAGCAGUUCUUUGGGCUGAGGAGUCUGGACCCGGAGGCCAACGCUUACAUCGAGCAGAUGUUUCGAACCUUUGACAUGAACAAGGACGGGUACAUAGACUUCAUGGAGUACGUGGCCGCUCUGAGUCUGGUCAUGCGGGGGAAGAUGGAGCACAAGCUGCGCUGGUAUUUCAAACUCUAUGAUGUGGAUGGAAACGGCUGCAUCGACCGCCACGAACUGCUGAACAUCAUUAAGGCUAUCCGAGCCAUCAACGGCAGUGAAAACCAGGAAACGACGGCGGAGGAAUUCACAAACGGCGUCUUCGACAGGAUUGAUGUCAAUGGAGAUGGCGAGCUCUCCCUGGAGGAGUUUGUGGCCGGCGCUCGCAGCGACGACGACUUCAUGGAGGUGAUGAUGAAAAGUCUGGACCUUCGCCACAUCGUGGCCAUGAUCCACAACAGACGGCACAGCGUUUAAGGAUCCGUCUUUCCAUCCAGCUCAUUCAGUGUUUCAGUACGCAUCCUCUGGUUGAAAGGUCUUUUAGGAAGUGAGAUUUCCAUUAAGAUUGAAUCCACUUCAACGUGAUGCCAGAGUGCUGCAAAUACCGACUUGUCCUAUGUUUAAUCUCUAAAGGAGUGACACGUACGCACUUUAAAUGGGAUGACUCAGGCGACCCUUGCGGGCCGGUCAUCGUCCUUGUUGAGAGAUGAUGAGCUCUGCCAAGGCCCCGCCGGUGUGAGGGAUGAUCCUUCAGACGCUCCGGGGGACACGGCGGGGAGACGGUGGAGCAGAGCGGCGAUUACAUGAACUCAACUGCUCUUUCUGACCCGUUUGAUUUUCUGGGUCGGAGUCUCUCGCCAUUAAAUUACUCAAACUACUUUUGUUUUCUUUUUUUUGUUUCCCUCUUGCCUGUGAGGUGAGCCGUGACUGCACUGUGUUUAAUAUCCAUGCUAAUCUGAUUAAAAUCAGGCUAUAAAACAGGAAAAGGUGAAAGCCUCCGGAGAUAUUUAGUGGAGGAGAAAAAAA